GGGCGGUACUUGAGCAAAAGCGAAAAUGGCGGCGUCCUUAGAUGAUGAUUUCGAGUCCAACAACCAGGAUUAUUACUCUCUGCUAAACGUCAGGAAGGAGGCUACAUUAGAGGAGCUAAAGGCGUCGUAUCGGAGGCUGUGUAUGCUCUACCACCCCGACAAACAUCGAAACCCAGAGCUGAAAAGCCAAGCUCAGCAGCUUUUCAACGAGGUGCGACAAGCGUAUGAAGUGCUGAGCGAUGAUCACUCCAGAGCCAUCUAUGAUCUGUUUGGGAAGAAAGGCCUGGAGGUGGAAGGCUGGGAGGUGGUGGAGAGGAAGAGAACUCCAGCAGAAAUCCGAGAGGAGUAUGAAAGGCUGCAGAGGGAAAGAGAGGAGAGGAGACUGCAGCAAAGAACCAACCCAAAGGGCACCAUCAGUGUCGGUGUGGAUGCAACAGACCUGUUUGACCGCUACGAUGAGGACUUUGAAGAGUUGCCAGGAGGAGGCUUUCCUCAUAUUGAGAUCAAUAAGAUGCACAUUUCUCAGUCCAUCGAGGCUCCUCUGACAAACUCUGACACCGCCGUGCUGUCUGGUUCACUCUCUACGCACAAUGGAAAUGGAGGGGGCAACAUUAACAUGACCGUACGAAGGGUUACAUCGGCAAAGGGCUGGGGAGAGGUGGAGUUUGGUGCAGGAGACAUACUGGGGCCACUCAUUGGGUUAAAGGUGUUUCGCAACAUUACUCCACGGUGUUUCAUGACGGCCCAGUGUGGUUUGCAGUUCUCUCCUCGAGGUCUGCGUCCCACCUGCUCUCUGAUGACAGCGCGACACCUGGACCAGAACACCAUGGGUUACCUCCAGUGGCGCUGGGGGCCCAAUAGCGCCAUGACCACCAGCCUGGUCCGAGACACAAAGAGCAGCCACUUUACUUUGUCUCUGCAGCUGGGUGUGGCUCACUCCUAUAUGAUGAUGAGUUACCAGUACAAGUUCCAGGAUGAAGACCAGACUAAAGUGAAAGGCUCUGUCAAGACAGGCUGGUUUGGUACUGUGGUGGAGUAUGGAGCGGAGAGGAGGAUCAGCAGACACAGUGUCCUGUCAGCCACCGUCAGCAUCGGCGUCCCACAGGGAGUCACACUCAAGAUCAAGUUGGCACGUGCCAAUCAAACGUACCUGUUUCCAGUCCACCUGACAGACCAGCUGCUGCCGAGUGCCGUCUUUUACGCUACAGCGGGACCACUCCUGGUCUACGUGGCCGUCCACAGACUGAUCAUCAUACCGUACUCACAAGCACAGAAAAAGCAAGAGCUGGAGCUGCAGAAGAAGAGCUCGGCCACAGACAUCGCCAAGAAGAAGCAGGAGGCCGAGUCUACUGUUGUGCUGAUGCAGGAGUCUGUGAGGAGAAUCAUAGAAGCAGAAGAAUCCAAGAUGGGCUUGAUCAUCCUGAACGCCUGGUAUGGAAAGUUUGUGUCCGACACCAGUCAGAAGCAGGAGAAAGCAAAGGUGAUCGACGUCACUGUUCCUCUGCAGUGUCUGGUCAAAGACUCCAAACUCAUCCUCACAGAAUCCUCCAAGGGAGGGCUGCCAGGCUUCUACGACCCGUGUGUAGGAGAGGAAAAGAGUCUUAAAUUACUGUACCAGUUCAGAGGUGUGAUGCACCAGGUCAUCUCUGCUGACAAUGAGCCUCUACGGAUACCCAAGCAAUCUCACAGACUUGAGUCUGCACCGUAGGAGCUUGACGCAGAGAAACAGACUUUUGUGUCAAGAGAGGAUCCCGUGAAGUGAGAGUGAAGAGUGGACAAGUCAAAAAUAAGUGAUGUUUCUCUCCCUCAGUACAUUUUAGGGAUGAGCCAAUACUCAGUUUCCGUACUACUGC